AUGGACGAGGAUUUUGUCAAAAAGCGCCUCGAGAAGGAUCUCUCUGAAUUGAAGAGAAUCAUCGAGGCUCAUUUCAUCCAGCGAAAAAAGGAUGAAGAAGAACUCGAAGAGCUCAAGACCCGAAUUGAGAAGCGAAAAGAAUACCGAGAGCAGCAGCUCAAGCAGCGAGCCGAGCGAGAACGACUUCGACAGGAAGCCGAACAGCUCGAAAAGGAUCGACGAGCCGCCGAAGAAGCCGCUCGAAAAGAAGAAGAAGAGCGAAAGAAGAAGGAAGCUAUGCAGGCUCUUUCUCAAUCCUUCGGUGGAUACAAAGCUCAAGCAAAACAGCGAACUGGCCGAGGCGAGCGAGAACGAAAGAAGAAGGUUCUCGCCGAGCGAAGAAAGCCGCUGAACAUCGACCAUUUGGCCGCCGAAAAGCUCCUCGAAAAGGUCAAGGAUCUUUACGAGCACCUCAACCGAGUCGAAUCCGAACGAUGCGAUUUCGAGCAGAAACAGAACCACCACAAGUACUACGUUACGAUGCACCGCGCCCGCGUCAACCAGGUCAUGUCGCAGCUUUCCAAAAAGAAGAAGUAA